AUGGAGAUUCAAGAUGACUCAAGAGACGGUUAUGAUGAUAAUGAUAUUGAAGAACUUUCUGAGAAUGAUGCAAAUGAAGAUGCAAGCGGAUUGGCGGAAUUGGACCUUUAUUUAGAUACUCAAUUUGAACCCUAG